CUGUAAGGCUGCAUAGCUUUAGCAGUUGUACAAGUGACCGCUGAGAAACUUAUUAUUGAUGGGGGACUUAUUCUGAAGGUGCAAUGGAAGUCACCAUGUCACGGGCUCGUGGCACCUCCUCAGGAUCAUGUCAUCAAGACAAUUGUAUGUUCCUUCCCUUGCUGGAGGAUCAGGUCUCCAGAUGCUCUCCUGUCAAUCCCACCAUCAGCCACUCAGUGUCCUGGACCUCUUCACUUGCCAACAGUUCCCACUCAGGAGGCACCGAGACAGAGACCGACCCGCACUCUGGGAUGCACACCAGCAUCAGCGAGAUCCUGAAGGAGAAGAGCCUGAAGCCGUCUCGCCGCAGCCUGCCCUGCCUCGCCCAGAGUCAGACUCAUCCAAUCAACCUCAACCACUUCCUGUCCGUGCCUCUGAGCCCGGAGCCCAAACCUGAAGUUGCGGAUUUGAGUCAGAGCAUCAGCACCUCCUGCAGCCUCCUCCCCCCGCAGACAGCAGAGGAUGGCAAGGAUCACUACGUGGAGGAGACGGAAGUGAGUACGUGUGAAACAAGGGCAGACGAGUCGUUUCUGCUACAAAAGCCUGUCACCCGUGCUAAAUUAGAGGCCCGCACAGAUUCACUUCAGGGGAAGAAUCCAGCUGAUUCGUCCGGGCUCUUUUUCCGAGAUGGGAAAAAGCGUAUCGACUACAUCCUGGUUUAUAAGAAGUCCAGUCCACAGGUGGAAAAAAGGUGCACGUUUGAGAAGAAUUUACGAGCUGAGGGCCUGAUGCUGGAGAAAGAGCCCUCUUUGACGAACAACGACAUCAUGUUUGUGAAGGUCCACGCUCCCUGGGACACACUUUGCAAAUAUGCAGAGCAGAUGAACAUCCGGAUGCCCUUCAGAAAAAAAUGCUACUUUACAGACUGGAAGAGCAAAACAUUGGGCAGCAGGUUUCAUCUGAGAUGUCGCCAGAUAAAAAGCUGGCUUCCCAGAAAUCCCAUGAAGCUGGACAAAGAGGCCUUGCCUGACCUGGAGGAAACCGACUGCUACACAGCUCCCUUCAGCAGAGCACGCAUGCAUCACUUCACUAUCAACAACAGGGAAACGUUCUUCUCCAAUUCCACCAGAAGCAGAAUAGUCCAUCAUGUUCUGCAGCGCACCAAAUAUGAAGAUGGAAAAUCAAAGAUGGGAAUUAACCGGCUAUUGGGGAACAACACAUAUGAGGCGGCAUUUCCUCCACAUGAGGGUGGCUACAAGAGCAGACAUCCUAUUAAGACACAUGGAGCCCAGAACCACAGGCAUCUUCUGUAUGAACGCUGGGCCCGCUGGGGGAUCUGGUACAAAUACCAGCCUCUGGACCUCAUCAGGCGAUACUUUGGUGAGAAAAUCGGUCUUUACUUUGCGUGGCUGGGUUGGUACACAGGCAUGUUAAUUCCUGCAGCCCUGGUUGGCGUUUUUGUCUUCCUCUAUGGCCUCUUCACUAUGGACUCAAGCCAAGUCAGUAAAGAGAUUUGUGAGGAUAAUACCACCGUCAUGUGUCCCAUGUGUGAGGAAACCUGUGAGCCGUGGAGGCUGAGUGACAGUUGUGUCUACGCGAAGGUGACCUAUCUGUUUGACAACGGUGGCACUGUGUUCUUUGCUAUCUUCAUGGCUAUUUGGGCCACAGUAUUCCUGGAGUUCUGGAAGAGGAGAAGGGCGGAACUGACUUAUGACUGGGAUCUCAUUGACUGGGAAGAGGAAGAGGAGGAGCUGAGGCCUCAGUUUGAAGCCAAGUACUCCAGGGUGGAGAGGGUUAACCCCAUAUCUGGCAAGCCUGAGCCUUUCCAGCCCUUCUCAGACAAACUUAGUCGGCUCAUGGUGUCCGUGUCCGGAAUAUUCUUCAUGAUUUCCCUCGUUCUGACAGCCGUGUUUGCAGUAGUGGUUUUCCGUCUUAUUGCGAUGGAGAAGUUUGCUUCCUUCAACUGGCAUUUUGUGAAGAAAAACUGGCAGUUUGCCACCUCUGGCACUGGAGUCUGCAUCAACUUUAUGAUCAUCAUGUCUCUCAAUGUGGUGUAUGAAAAGGUGGCCUAUCUACUGACUAAUUUAGAGCACCCACGGACAGAGUCUGAGUGGGAGAACAGCUUUGCUCUGAAAAUGUUCCUGUUCCAGUUUGUAAAUCUGAACAGCUCCACAUUUUACAUCGCUUUCUUUCUGGGAAGGUUUGCUGGCAGGCCUGGAAAAUAUAAUAAGCUGUUCAAUCGAUGGAGACUGGAGGAGUGUCACCCAAGCGGCUGUUUGAUUGAUCUUUGCCUGCAAAUGGGAGUCAUCAUGUUCUUCAAACAAAUCUGGAACAACUUCAUGGAGCUCGGUUAUCCUUUGCUGCAGAACUGGUGGUCUCGAAGGAAGAUAAAGAAAGGAGGUGGUGGAGGACAGAAUGUAGAGAAUAAAACCCAGCUUCCACAGUGGGAAAAAGACUGGAAUCUGCAGCCAAUGAACGCCCAUGGCCUGGUGGAUGAAUACCUCGAAAUGGUUCUCCAGUUUGGCUUCACCACCAUCUUUGUAGCAGCGUUUCCGUUGGCCCCUCUUCUUGCACUGCUCAACAACAUCAUUGAGAUUCGUCUCGACGCCUACAAGUUUGUCACUCAGUGGAGGAGACCCAUGCCAGCCCGAGCCACUGAUAUAGGUAUCUGGCAUGGGAUUCUUGAAGGCAUCGGCGUGCUGGCGGUGAUCACCAACGCCUUCGUCAUUGCCAUAACUUCAGACUACAUCCCGCGCUUUGUUUACGCCUUCAAAUACGGCCCGUGCAUGGACAAGGGACACCACCACCAGAACGAGUGUUUGCGAGGCUACAUGAACAGCAGCUUGUCUGUGUUUGAUAUGGGCGACCUGAAGAACGGCAGCCAGUCCAGAUACUGCAGGUACAGAGACUACAGAGCGCCGCCCUGGAGCCCUGUACCGUACGAGUUCACCCUGCAGUUCUGGCAUGUCCUGGCUGCCAGGCUGGCAUUCAUCAUUGUCUUUGAGCACCUGGUGUUUGGGAUCAAGUCCUUCAUAGCGUACCUCAUCCCGGACAUGCCGAAGGAUCUCUGCGAUCGCAUGAGGAGGGAGAAGUACCUGAUGCAGGAGAUGAUGUACGAAGCAGAGCUGGAACAUCUCCAGAAAGAGAGAAAGAAGAACGGACGACGUUAUCACCAUGAGUGGCCUUAGCUUUACCUCCAUGUGUCCACUUCCUGCUGCACAGCCCUCAGCUCACAGGCACCACCUCCCCUGUCUGCUUACUUACGUAUACUAGCUUCUAGAGUCCAGCUUCACUCAGCUGAUUCUGUACACCAAAGACACCCUUUUGAGUAACCAGAUCCUCCCCCCUCAAACCUGUCUGGCUUCGGGCCGAGCUCUGACCCUGGCCGCUCCCUCGCCAUCUGUUCCACGUCCUGGUUCUUGGCUCUGACCCUCUCUGCCUCACCCUCACCCCCUCACCUGGCUUCACCCAGCUGGUUGCCCUUAGUUCUGUGCUGUGUCAUGGCUUCACUGGGAAAACCUUUUGCAAUUGUAAUGUUUACUAUGCAGAUCAAGGGCUGCAGGUCACCACUGUUCACUUUCGGCACCCAUCCUGCACUCUCUCUGUGUGGCAGCUAGCACUUUGCUUUGACUCUGUAGUCCGGUGCAGCUCGCAGCAUGGCCGUGUUUUUUCUCCUGUAAGCAUCAGCAGAGCCACGUCCAUGUGAAAGAGCUACUGUGGCACUUUUCUCGUUGCAAAGUGAUUCUGGUGAUGUGGCUACCAAAUAAAACUGGCACUGUUCUCGCAAAGUAAGUGUAUAUUGCUGACGAAGCAUGCCAAUUAAUAUCUGCAAAGAAAAAACUAAAAUGAAAACAACAGCACUCAUUGUGGAGGAUGUUCACAUCCAUUCAGCACAUUUGAGAAGGAAUCCUCUCAGAAGUCAUAUAAAGUGAAUGGUAAAUCUGUUUUGUACCUUUUGAUAGACAAAGUCCCCGUCUUGAUGCCUGGUUCACAUGUGUCUGUACUCAGUGUGAGCUGUGUGUUAAUCUCCGUGCUACUGCUGAGCUUGACUGUCCUGAGUUGAAGAAAUGUGAACUUAGUGCAAUUUGAUUGUGCCUACAGUGUAACAAAAAUGAUUGCGCGCCACAAUUGUGUCACCACAACAUCACGUGUGCCUGUAUUGUGCAGCACGUGCUUUUUUUGAAGUGCAAGAAAUAUUCUCUCUCCUCGUUCUGUUGUCCGAUCUGUCGUAAAACUGUGUGAACUCUCCUGUCAGGAUUUGUUUUGGAUGUGACUCACACCACAGUACCUACUCGGGUCUCAGCUAACGUCGACGGUACGCGCUGUAACGCGACUCCCGUCAUGAACAAUGUAUACACUCGCAUGCAGGAUCCACAAAUCUGCUCUUCCGCUCUGCCCUCACAGUCUGUUUUUCAUUUGCUGUUGGAAGCCCUGAACCGUGGUUGAAACUUGGAUCUCUUAGAAAUAGCUGUGGCUUGGAUGUUCACUUUGCAAAGAACAUCCAUCCACUGUUCUACACUCCCAAACCAUAAUAUACGUGCUUCUGUUCCUGUCUUUAUUAAACCCACAGUCAGACACAGUUUCGGCUGCUUUCUGACCUUUUGUCGAUGGGAAACUGAGAAGAUAGGGUUUUGCUAAAUGCAGUCAUGACGUUGCCUUUUUAUGGUGGUCAGUUCUGAUGUCAUGGAUUAGAGCAGCAGGUUUUCGCCCAGUGAACUCAGGAAAAUAGGCCACAUGACCGAUAUAUCAGUGUGUGAGGCUGAGUCAGAAUCUUUUCCUUCUUUGUUCAUGUAGAGAUGGAGACUUUUGGAGUGUGUAGAGUGAGCAGUACUAAUGGAGCGGUUUUGUGUUUGGCGGGCGAUGGGGACUUUAUUGACCCAAACACUUCAGUUCAGGCCAUAUUGAUCAUAUGAUGGUAAAUGCAACCAUGUUAUGCACAGUAGUGGUGAAAGCUACAGCAACCUAACAUCUGAAGGGAAUGUUACUAUCCUGAAUACAUUGCACAACAGUGAAAAACAUAUUCUUCAUUUUCAAAGGCUUGUACAUUAUUUGGAUUUGUUCUCUUUCAUUGCUGCUUUUGUACAUACAUUUUACAGCAUAUGUAAUGUUUUUAUACUAUUAUUUUGUGCUACCAGUUCACCUGCUCUCACCCUCAGAUAGAAAACGUAUUGUCCACAUCUCUCAGGUGUCCUCUGAAUGUUUGCCGAUGAUCGACUUUUUAUCAUAUUUUCUAAGAUUUAAUCAAACCUAUCUUGCUUUUUUAGGUAUAUAUUUUUGCACUGCAGUGCUUUCGCAUGACUAUAAUGCUCACGCACAGUAAAAAAGCAUGUGUUUUUUUUUUUUGGCAUAAUCACAGUUCAUGUAUUAGAGCAGAUCAAAAGUCGUACAUUUGAUUAUGGAGUCACAUAAUGCAGGUUGUUGCUUUAAGGUCAAUCCAAUGCCUCAUUAUUUCAUUCACAAGAGAGAGAUAUUUGCUUUUAAAUCUUAUUCUGACUUUUAGAAAACUAGUCCAGGUUUUCAGAAUAUCUUCCCUGCUAUGUGAACACUGAAAAUCUAUGCAUGUUGUUAUCCUCGAGUGCUACGUUUAUUUUGAACAGAUGCAGAUGUAAAUGUAUUGGUACAUUUGUACUGUAGAGUAUGCAUGACUUAACACCUGCUCUGAGCAGAGCUAACUUCUGUAAAGUUGUUAACAGCGUCUUAAACAUAUCACCUCCCUUUUCCAGUGUUGAUCAUUUUUGGAGCUCCUGGAUAAGACAUACGUCUCUUGAUGUGGUGGGAUUUUAUACUGAAAGAGUAUUUUCUAAACAAAAGCUCGGACUCCACACUGAUUAAUAUAAUCUGUCCUGGAAUUUCAAGGAGAGUCCGAUCCUUAGACUUCUUCUGUUUAGACACUCUACUGGGAAUUAUGAUUCCAUUUACCCCCUAGCAGUUGAAGUGUUUAACCUAAGGGGAUGGGGGGAUUUUAUGAAUGAAUAAUUGUAUGACCUUGGAUGUCUGACUUGCCCAGCUACUAAUCAUGUCCGGAUGGAUGUUCAUCUGUUCACCUCCUCACUAAUACAAAUGCUGCACAGUGGUGGAAAGGUGUUUUUCAUGCCUUCUACCGUUGGCAAUAGCACAAUAUGGGUAUUGUAUAAUAAGUAAUAAUGGCGUGACCUUGCACAUCUCUGACAACAUAGCAGUCUAGAGGGGGAUUAAGCUUUCUGUUCCAUGCUACGCCUCCUAAUAGGAUUGUGCUUGAGCAAUGAUGUACUUGACGUGGAAGCACAGUGACAUCAGCCCAUAGAUUUAACUGUAUAGGAUGAUUAUCAGUCGUGACAUGAAGUGUAUCAAUAACAUUGUUUACUUCGUUCCUGUUUACAUGUAAAAACAUACUGAAAUGUAUAAAAAUAAUGUAACAUAAAAUAAUUUGGAUAUCACUCUUUUCUGUAAUAAAUCAUGGAUUGUAUCUUUUAAAUCAAA